GAUCGACAGCCAUCUCUCAUGUGAUCAUAUCCUCCUCGUCUCCCUCGCCUCCCUCGUCUCCCCCAUCUCCUCCUGAUCUCACUGCGGUGCAGUAUCUACCCAUCAUCGUGUCAAUCUCGCUGCCAACACGGGUAGUCCGCGUCACGGCUGCUCGAUCGGCCAUCACCUCUUCAUGUCGGAUCAGCAGCCCGCCCGCAUCUCGCAAGCGGUGCUCGACCACAAAGCCUUUCCGCACAUCUAUGAAGCUAUCCUCGGGGCUGCGCCCUCCGCGUCUCUCCUCCGCUUGCGCCUCGUGAGCCGUUCGCUGCGGGACUGGGUCGACUCGCGCCUAGCGCCCGAUGUGACGAUUGCCUAUGUCUCUGUGGCGCGAGGUGUAAGAGUGCGCUCACGCACGGGCUUCGCGCCGCACUUCCCAACGCCCGUGCUGCGGCGAAGCCAGGCGGCCGAGUGGCCGUCAUCCGCCUCCCGCUUCUUCAGCAGAGUCUUCGCACACACAACAACAGUGGAUCUUGGCGAGGUAUUCCCGCCCACGGGGCUGCAUCCCCUCCCCUCGUUCCUCACGCACGUCCAAACACUGCGCAUGGCCGUGAGCAGAGACGGGUGGAGCGAGGCGCCACGGCCGCCCGAUCUCUCUGGGCCCAUCACCGCGCCCGAGAUCAUCCUCCUCGGCCCGACAAGUUGGAGCACCAUGCCCGGCCUGCGCAUCCCCCACGGUGUAAGGCGCCUCGUCCUCAACUCGCCCCUCCAUUCGCCCAUGAUACAGGUGGACAAUGUGGGUCGGCCGGCGGACCUCGCCACCGCCGUGUUCCUCUUUGAUGCGCGACACGAGCUCGACCGCGCCGAUCCCGACUUUGCUCUCAAGCAGCAGCACCAGGCACUAAUGUACUCUGUCGCUGGGAUGCUCGCGGCCGCCCCCAAGAUGCACGUCACGCUUGUGAACAUUCAUGCCUUGAGCCCCAUGACGCUUGGUAUUGCUCCGGCCGAGAUGGGCGGGAGGGGCGUAGAAGAUGUGUUCGCUGAGCGUGUCCGAGUGCAGGUCAUCCGACAGCUAGGAGAGGUGGACCUGGCGGGCCUUGAGUUCAUGACUCUCGAGGAGUACGCUGCUACGCGUACACCAGAGCAGCUCGCGCUCGAGCUGGGAGAACCAUUGUAACGGCCUCGUCUUGGUGACGCAAAUAAUGGCAGGCUGAUGAGCGGUGCUGGAGCUCCCCAAAUGCGCUGGGAUGAUAUCUUGUAGCUCAGAAUGGUUCGGCUUCAGCGCAAGUGAAUUGCCUAAGACUUGAUCUUGUGAACACGGCUGUAUGCUAUGAUGAAAUGCGUUUUGACUGGG